AUGGUGUGGGAUUAUUUUGACAAGUUUUCGUUUGUAUGCGAUAUGUAUAAUGAAGAUGCUGGAAAAAUCGAAGAGUUAAUCUUAAACUUUUUUCCGUACGACAACUCAGUUCAAGUACUAAACCCAGAUAAAGGGAAAAAUCUUCUCAGACGGGUGCAAAUACCAAGUAUUAAUUUCGCAAAGUUGCAAAUUGGGAAUAUUGUAAAUGUGUUUUCUAAACUAUUACUUAUUACUGAUUGUGUUCCGGCAACACGAAGAACAUUAUUUAAAAAUGUUGAAAGUACUUUUGCAAUGAUUAAACCAAUUUUACCAAAGGACCAUGGAAAAAUUAUAACAUAUAUAAUGAAAAAAGGAUUCCGCAUAGUUCGUAUGAAAAAUGGCAAAAUCAGCAAAGACUUCGCUUUGGAGCUUUACAAGAAUAUAUCUGGAAACAGUAUGCUACCUAUUAUAAUCGAUUACGUAACCAGCGGCGAGAUCAUUGGAUUAGAGCUGUCAGCACCUAAUGCAGUCCUUAACUUUCGACAAUGUUUGGGAGCCACAGAACCUUCAGAAGCAGCACCGGGCACCAUUAGGAGAUUGUACGGAGAAAACAUUCUCAGAAACGUUGCUCAUGGUUGUAACACAGUUGAAGAGUCUGCUGAGAUAUUGGAACUAUUCUUCGGGUAUGAAAAAGGAUUACCUCGUAUACCAUUUCGAGCCACCUUUAAAGAUUGUACUUGUUGCAUCAUUAAACCGCAUGUCGUAAUAGACGGCAACGUCGGAGCUAUACACGAGCAAAUUUCUACUUCAGGACUCUUUUACAUUUCAGCAAUGGCAAUGUUCACUGUGAAACUAUGCAAUGCCCUAGAAUUUUAUGAAGUGUACAAAGGUGUACUUCCUGAAUAUGAGGCUAUGGCUAUACAACUGGCAGAAGGCAAAUGUAUAGCAUUGGAAGUUAAAUGCACAGAUCCCACUAAGAACGUAGUGUGCGAGUUCAGAAAAUUGUGUGGUCCUAGAGAUCCGGAUUUAUGUCGCCAAUUAUAUCCAGAAUCAAUUAGAGCUCAAUAUGGAAAAAAUAUUGUUCAAAAUGCUGUACACUGCACAGACCUUCCUGAAGAUGGUGAAAGUGAAGUGGAAUACUUCUUUAAAUUUUUAGCUAAUGAAUAA